AUGGACAGUAACGGUUCUUUGGAACCUGUACAAGAUGGGCCAACAGAUCACGUAUGUAAGAUUGAGGAAGCAUCAAAAGAAAUCGAUCAAUUGGAAUCCAAGCCACUAGUGUCUGAAGAUGGAACCAACGGUAUUGUGGAUAGUAAGAAAAUAGAUGAACCAAUAUUCAAACGAAGCAGAUACGAAAAACUGUUAAGCCAAUGUGUGGUGGUGUUUAGCGCAUUUUGGUGUAUGUUCUUUUCUCUUGGUAUUUCGUUUUCUCUUGGAACGUUUUUACCGGCAUGGCUGGAAGUGUUUCAAGAAGGUCGUGCCAAGACGUCAUUAAUACAGUCUGUACAUGUAGGUGUUCUGUUCGGAGCUGGAACUAUUGUUGGUGUGUUGACAGAAAAAGUUGGCCUGAAAGUGACAAUGGUGGUCGGAUCUCUGUUAUCAUCUAUUGGUUUCUUAUCAGCCUUCUUCGCUCCUAAUAUAACAGUUUUGAUAGGUACCAUUGGUGUUAUAUCUGGCUUUGGGUUGUGCUGCGUAUAUUUGAGUGGUAUGAUAGCCGUCACGGCAGCAUGUUCCAAAUCAACUAGUAUUGCUCUUGGAUUUGUCAUCGCUGGUGGUGGGAUUGGGCAAAGCGUGAUGCCGUUUAUCUGUGAUCAUCUUCAUAACACUUACGGAUGGAGAGGUGCCUUUCUCAUAAUCGCUGGACUUUCAUUACAACCCGUUAUAUUUGCUUGUCUUAUGACGGCUUUCUUGAAACCGACCCAAUCAAAAUCUGGUACAUCCAACAAUGUAAAAACUAAUCAAAGACUUGUGGAGAAGUUGAAGCAAGUGUGUCAUCCGCGUUAUAUAAUAACUUGUUUAGUAACAUCUAUAGCAUUCGCGGAAACCAAUGGUUUUCUGUUUAUCUUGUUUGACUUUGCGAUUCAGCGUCAAGGAGACGGAAUAUUUUUCAUUUUCCUUAUAACAACUACAUCUACAGUUUGCAACAUCAUUUGUGGAAUUGUAAGUCGUCAUCCACGAAUAAGUAGCUCUGUAUUAUUGUCAGUCUCAGUGAUGCUUGGAAGUUCGUCCAUCAUUUUAUUGGGAGUAACGAACAGCUAUACAGAAACUUUGGUGUUUAUGGUUACUUUUGGUGUAGCGUACGGUGGUUUGAUCGCAAUAGCGGGUAUAGUUAUUCUAGAUCUGGUGGGGAAAGAAGUAUACCCAUUAGGUAUUGGUAUCAAUGUCACUAUAAAUGGCAUCGCAAGCUCUGUAGGUGGGAUAAUAUACGGUCUGCUUUACGAUCUGACACAGACGUACACAAUAUCUUUACUCAGUAUGGGAACAGUAACUCUUGUCGUAGGUACAUUACCAAUCGUAGCCUUAGUCAUAUCUCAAAGACUGUUUUAUCACCAACGCGAAAAAGGGCGUACAUAG